UCGAGGCUGCACCACGCUCCACGGGCCAUAUAAGCGGAACACGAUUUUCUGGGGGACAAGAAGGGGCGAUUCGUGAAUUUAUUUGGGUAUGACGACGGUUCGCCAUCUUUGAAAGGACUACUCACGACAUUUUAGGACUUGAAGUGUUGUGUUUUUAUCCAUUAACUUUACCGUGUGUGAUGCCAGCGGGAAUGUUCAGCAUUGACAGCAUACUGGCGGGGAGACCAACUUGCAAGGACUCCGUGUUGAUCCAUCGGAAUGCUCCUGUUGUGUUCCCCAACUUGACGGAUUCUUUGUACACUGCUGCCGAAUAUAACGGUCUUUAUUCUCACACUGGACCCUCGACACCGAGCAUACAGUCGGUAAACGGAACCAGAAUAGGCUAUAAUAACUAUUAUUAUGGCCAACUUCAUGUACAAGCACCAGCUGGCCCCGCCUGCUGUGGCGCCAUUCCUACGCUUGGUUCACAGCAAUGCCCAUGCAUUCCUACAGGCUUCGACAGUACCGGAUCGGUGCUUAUCUCCCCGGUGCCCCACCAGAUGAUGUCGUAUAUGAACGUGGGCACGCUGUCCCGCACAGAACUUCAGCUCCUCAACCAGCUGCACUGCCGACGAAAGAGGAGACAUCGCACCAUCUUCACCGACGAGCAGCUCGAGGCUUUGGAAAACCUUUUCCAAGAAACGAAAUAUCCGGACGUUGGGACACGGGAGCAGUUAGCGCGUAAAGUCCACCUACGAGAGGAGAAAGUCGAGGUGUGGUUCAAAAACAGACGGGCAAAAUGGAGAAGACAGAAAAGGUCGUCCUCUGAAGAAUCAGAGAACUCGCAGAAAUGGAACAAAUCAACGAAAACGCCGACAGAGAAACCAGACGAGAGCAAAAGUGAUGUGGAAUCAGACAGCUGAUAGCGCGAAAAAAAAGAAGCGCAAAUAUUGCACACAUUUUACUGGGACUCAUUGUACAUAGUGUAAAAAUAUGAUGUGACGUUGAAGUAUUGAAAAUGUGUUUCCAUGCUGUUGCACAAAUGUAUAGUAAAUAUUACUUUUUAAUUACUGUCAUGAUUAUUUAUAUUUAAUUUAAGUGUAACAUAGGCCUAAUUCUUUUAACAAGAACGGGGUUUCGUCGGGAAGCUUUCCUCAGUAUUUUGCCAGCUGUCAUCUCAUCUAAAUAUUGAAUGUUAUAUCUUGGAAUAAUGUAUUUACAAAAGAACAGGUAGCUAACAGUUUAGGCCCACGAAAAUAUAAAUAUGUUAAACAGAAAAAAAAGAUUUUUAUUAUUUAAUUAGGGUUUAGGCCUAAUCUUUUUCAACUUUCACAAACUGUGAGGGUCCUAUCUAAGCACCAAAGGCAUCUUUGUUAUGAACAUGUCUAUCAGAGUUGAUAAUACUUAUUGAAACAGUGACUAUACAUUAAACAAAUCAAAAGCAA